AUGCAGUUCUCCACCAUCAUCGCCACCAUCUUCGUCGCGGCCACCGGUGCCGUCGCCCUCCCCGCCGAGGUCCAGGAGCGCCAGGUUCCCUACACUCCCUGCUCCGGCCUGUACGGCUCUGCUCAGUGCUGCGCGACCGACGUCCUCGGCAUCGCCGACCUCGACUGCGGCCAGCCUUCGGACUCCCCCGUCGACGCCGACAACUUCUCCGAGAUCUGCGCCGCCAUCGGCCAGCGUGCUCGCUGCUGCGUCCUGCCCAUUCUUGACCAGGGCAUCCUCUGCAACACCCCUGCUGGUGUUACCCCUUAA